UUUGAUUUGAGAUCUGCUCUGUAGACACACUACUUUUAUCCUAGAGCAGUACACCAACUAAGCCAGUAAUUUUAAGGAUAUGUUGUGUGCUUUUUUGGGAGCAUAUACAAGACAGAUCUGUGUAUACUCCAUGCCAGUCAGACAUCACCACUGUGGGGUACCUGGUCUGCAGCUCUUUUAUGUCCAUCUCAUAUGGGCCCUUUUGUUCUGUUACAUAUUUUUCCCUGAAUUCUCGGUCUCAAAUAAUUCUCUUCAUAUGAUCUACAUUUCCAAUGGAGUGCACUUAUAAAGCCAAGACAUAUCAUGAAACUAUUAAUAAGACUGUUGCUUCUUUUUGCAUAAUCUUUAUAUUUCUCUUUGGAAAGUUCAUUCUCUAUCUUGCAAUUUAUUCACAUCUUCUCCAUCUUAUUUCUCAUGUGAAACUGAAACAAGUGCUUCAGCUUCACCUAAGUUUAUUUAAUCAAGAAUUUGAUCAAGUAUAUUUCCUUUGCCCUGGGCGGUUGGUUAUUUUAUAUAAGAAAGAGUGAGUGACCAGUAAGGCACUUUAUAUUUUUGUCUGCCUUUUAUUUUGAUUGUUUUUACCAUAGAUCUUGAAUUAUAUGUGUAGAGAAGUUCAUUUUUACACACACAACAUACAAAGAACCGCAAAAUAAUUUCUUUGUUCAACUGCUUUUAGAUACCAAAAAAUAACCUUAUAUGAGUAUGUAGGGGAUAAAUCAGAAGGAAAAAAAGAGAAAAAGAAAAAAGCAUGAUGAAAAAACAAGGAGAUUGCAGGAAAGGAAUGUGUCAGCCUAAAUUGCCAGGCUUUUAUUUAUUUAUUCCUUUAGCAAGGUUUGGGGGGGGGUAAAGAAAUACUUGUGUGUUGCAAGAGGUUUCGUGGAAAUGACUGCUGAAAUCAGAGUAUAAAUGGCUUGCAAGGUCAGUCUCUGGAGCAGUUAGUGAGUAAAACAGGAGUGGAAAUAACACAAAGUACUCAAAAAAAGUAGGGCCCAAUACUGGAUGUGUUUGGAUGAGUUUCUGAAUCUCUAGAAUGUUGCUCCUGGGCUAUGCAGCUCUGCUCUUAUGUUGGACGUGUUGUACUGCACAAAGAGCAAAAUCGUGUGGCUACCCAGUUAUAGAAAACGGCAGGUUAAGAUAUGACAUCCGCUCCCACUUUCCGAAGAGACUUGGGCAGAUUGUUGACUACUACUGUUUCCAAGAUUAUUUACCCCUCAACGGAAAUCCCUGGGGUCAAAGUUCGUGUUCUCUAAGGGGCUGGUCUCCAGCGCCAAAAUGCCUGAAGAAGUGUUAUACCAGGCAGCUGAUAAAUGGUUAUUUCCCAAGAGGCGGGACGGAUUUUUACAAACAAGGUGAAAGAACUACAUACACCUGCAACCCUGGUUACCAUGCUGAGCACCAAGUCGUCACGUGCACAAUGAAUGGCUGGUUCCCUCAUCCCAGAUGUAUCCCUGACAUAAAAUGCAGGCAGAUCUAUGUUGAGAAUGGUUAUUUCACCACGUCAAGAACCGAGUUCCGUUUAAAAGAAGUGGCCCCGUAUAGAUGUAAUACUGGCUUUGUAACUGCAGAUGGACAAGAAAAAGGAGAGACACAGUGCCAAGUUAAUGGCUGGACCCCACCUCCAAAAUGCAUCAGUGAGUACCUAAACAUGUCAGAGCUCCCUACCAUUGUCACCAUCAUAGAAAUGGUGUCCUGUGGACUCAGAGUUUUGCCAUCCAGAUUGGUGGAGUUUUCUUACUGGGCAGAGACUCCAAUCUCUGAUCCUUCAGAGGUUAAUCAUUCUCAGGCUCUAGGAUAUACAGAGAGAAAACAUAAAGGUAUUGAGUAAGGUGGGGAAAAUCGAGUGUCUUCUU